AUGAGUCCUGAAAACCGGACUCGGGUGGCAGGGUUUGUCCUUCUGGGUUUCCCCAGAAGCCACAUCCUGCAGUCCCUGUUGUUCUUGGGGUUGAUGGUGACCUACGUUGUAACAGCCACGGGCAACCUGCUCAUUAUUGGGCUCAGCUGGACCAACCAAAACUUGCACACACAGAUGUACUUCUUCCUGAGGCACCUGUCCUUCCUGGAGAUGUUGCUCGUGUCUGUUGUGGUUCCCAAGAUGCUCGUCAUCAUUCUCACAGGGGAUCACUCCAUCUCGUUUGCCAGCUGCAUCCUCCAGUCCUACCUCUACUUCCUCCUUGCUGUCAUGUCUCUGGAUCGUUACCUGGCAAUCUGCCGACUGCUCCACUAUGAGACUCUAAUGAGUGGUCGUGUCUGUUCCCAACUCGUUCUGGCCUCCUGGCUAGCUGGAUUCCUCUGGGUCCUUUGCCCCACCAUCGUCAUGGCCAGCCUACCUUUCUGUGGCCCCAGUGGUAUUGACUUUUUCUGUGACAGCUGGCCUUUGCUGAGGCUCUCUUGUGGAGACACCCACCUCCUAGAGCUGGUGGCUUUUGUGCUCUCCACGUCCAUGUUACUGGGCUCACUGGCACUGACCUCAGUUUCCUAUGCCUGCAUUCUUGCCACUGUUUCCAGGGCCCCCACAGCUGCUGAACAAAAGAAGACAUUCUCCACUUGUGCUUCACAUCUUUCUGUGGUCAUCAUGGUCUACGGCAGUUCCAUUUUUCUCUACAUCCCUAUGUCAGAUGCUCAGUCCACGCUGCUCAACAAAGAUGCCUCAGUCCUGAGCUGUAUCAUCACACCCCUCCUGAACCCAUUCAUCUUCAGUCUCCGCAAUGAGAAGGUGAAGCAGGCUCUGAGACAUGCCCUGAGGUGGCACAGAACCAUGGCUGUGAAAGACUACAAAGGUCACAAGUAA